AUGGGUGACAGGAGCCACGAAACGGCGCGCCCCGCCAGCAAGACUUUGCUGAAUCUCGGCAAUUUGCCGCCAAAGCAGAUGAACUUUGAAACUACGGGCAGCAGCUUUCCCCGUCGUGCGUCGCGUGUCGAUCCGAACAAUCCUCCAUGGCCAGCGUACCGUGGCUACCACGAGUACUCCUUUGCCCACGAGACGAUGGGCAAGCGACUGCCCACGAUUCUGGGCAAGGCUGUGGAUGAUGUGAUUAAAACGCUGAAUGAGCAGCACGAUGAGGACCUGAUUCUCGACUUGCUUCGCUGCAUCGAUCGCAUGCACAAACUGAUGAACGAGCUGAUGAACAACGAGGUGCUGCGCCCCAUCAUCGACGAUGGCGAAGGAGAUAUACCGCUGUGGAACAAGGCUAUCGCAAAAUACUUUCGCGGUAAGGACUUUAUGAAUGCACCGUGGCUGUUUGCCGAGGCGUACAAGUACCGUCGUCUCCAUGAGUGCUUCUCUCUCUCGCGCUACUGGAAGAACUACGACGUGUUCUUCCGUCAAAAGUGCGAUACAUUUGCGCGCUCCAACACUGCAGUGUUUGAGCUAUCCACACGCUUUGCAACCCCCUACAAGGAGGACACGUCACUAACUGCCGUGGAGCAGGAAAAGCUGCGCAAGCUGCUUUUCCUGGAGCUGACCCAGAUUGCGCUGUGGGGAAAUGCCACGGAUUUGUCUUUGCUGAUCAACAUGACGGAAGAGGAUAUUAAAAAGAUCCAGUCGACCGGCGGCGAGCACCUUGCCGCGACUGAGCAAAACAUUCUUGGGAACCACUUGAGUCAAUUGUGGAAUCUGGUAAAAGGUAUCAAAAACGGCCGCAUCGAUAUCGUGCUCGACAAUGCCGGAUUUGAGCUGUACUGCGACUGCGUCUUUGCUGACUGGCUUGUCCAGUCGGGAAUUGCGCGCGAAGUGCACUUCCACGGCAAGCGCAUCCCUUGGUUCGUGUCCGAUGUCACGCGCAAGGACUGGCAUUGGCUGCUGAAUGCGAUGAACUACACGUUCCUAUUCCAUGAUGCGAGCGACGCCGAGAUGCAGUCUUUGCGCGAGCUCGGCAAGCGCUGGAGGCAGUACGAGACGGAAGGCAAGUGGAUCUACGAGCAGCAUCCCUUCUGGUGCUCGGGCUACACGUUCUGGUCGAUCUCCACCGAGGCGCCGGACUUAUUCCAAUACCUGUGCGAGAGCAACCUGGUGAUUUUCAAAGGCGACUUGAACCAUCGCAAGCUCACCUACGAUUGCCAAGCACCGACAGGAACGCCGUUUGACAUCGCCAUUGGGCCGCUUGCGAGCGAGCCCGGUGCGCCUCCUGUGCUGUCAUUGCGCACCAUCAAGUCGGACGUUGUCGUUGACAUCCCGCUAGAUGUCACGGCAAGGCUUGACGAGGAGGAGCCAGGAUGGCGUAUUUCGGGGAAGUACGCGGUUGUACUGCUCAGCGAUCCUAUGAAACAGGAGGAACACCUGCGCAACGCCGAGACCGGCGAGGCGCAGGAUUUCUAG